UAUUUCACUAGCCUACUUUGUCCUAAUAAUGGAGAUAAUAUAUUGUUAUUUUUAUUAAUACCUGUAAUUAGUUAUUAUAAUAUAUUUAUACUAUUGCCUGAACACUUAUUAUUUAUAGUGAGAGAUAGUAUAAAGAAUAUUACUGCAGUUACUGAGAGUUCUUAA